CAUAACCAUGGAUGUUAUAUUUGUGUGAUACAUAAAAUACACACAAUAUUUAUAUCUAUUGAUUCUCUUCUUUUCACUUUUACUUGUCGCAUCACCUCAAUUAUCAUCACUAUUUUCCGAUCUUCUCCGGUGCUCCUUACGAGGGGGAAGGAUGUCAACACCUUCGAGGAAAAGACUUAUGAGGGAUUUCAAGAGGCUGCAACAAGAUCCACCUGCGGGCAUCAGUGGCGCUCCUCAAGACAACAAUAUCAUGUUGUGGAAUGCUGUUAUAUUUGGUCCUGAUGACACUCCAUGGGACGGAGGUACGUUUAAGUUGACACUUCAAUUCUCGGAGGAUUAUCCAAAUAAGCCACCAACUGUGCGUUUUGUUUCUCGGAUGUUCCAUCCAAACAUUUACGCUGAUGGAAGCAUAUGCUUGGACAUUCUGCAAAAUCAGUGGAGUCCUAUUUAUGAUGUGGCUGCUAUUCUUACCUCCAUUCAGUCAUUGCUCUGUGACCCAAAUCCAAAUUCACCCGCUAAUUCGGAAGCUGCAAGAAUGUUCAGCGAGAACAAACGCGAGUACAACAGAAGAGUGAGAGAGGUUGUAGAGCAGAGUUGGACAGCUGAUUAAUAUGGCCAAAUGGCAAGCUCUGGAAUUCAAAAGUUGUUCAAUGGCGUGUUGGAAAUUGGAAUAAUAUUAGUGGUUUGAAACUAUUAUGUUGCAAAACUCUUGAAUUUCUGCUUGUACAACAUAUCUGAUUACAUUUUGCAGUUGUAUCUUAAAACUCGUUUAUCAUA